AUGCACUGGAGCAGUCUCAACAUGCUUCAAGUUAUGGAAUUGUCUAAGCUUGAAGCGCAAUAUCCUCAUAUUAUCAACGAGGGUACAUCGCAGGAAUUCUUACACAAAGUCAAGACUAUCAGUGCUCUAUGGGCCAAAAAGAAUCCAACCUAG